AUGGUGGCAGCAGCAACAGCAGCGGUCGCGUCACCGCGAACGGGGUCCACCACAACGACGGUGACCAGCUCUGACACGUUGGAUACUCGAGUUUCCACGAGGUCACUGCUUGAAAUUCAGGAUCAUGCUCGAUUGAUCGAUCACCACGCAGCGCAUGCCUCAAGCACAUCCACCGGGUACUCAAACUCGACAGCUCCACGAGCUCCGGCCGCAGGUAUCUGGACACCCCCAGCGCCAUCCCAUGGUGUCCCGGGCGGUGAGACAAGCUCCCUGUGGACGAACCCAGCGAGCUGGCCUGAACAGCGAGGCACUCCAGCAUUCCGACCGAUCGACAGGAAUCUGGACCAUACAAGAAGGCCUUGGGCCAACACCGUUCCCGAGACCAUUUUCACGGUUACCAUGAUCGGCUUCGGUGUCCAGACCAUUGGUUUGGCCAACACUAUAUUCAGAAACACCGUUGGGAAGAUCGAAAGUGUCAACGCGUUCUUCCGCUACCAAGCUCCUCACGAGCUCUAA